UUUUUGAAAAAACAUGCAAGCAGCUAUGUAGCUGCGGCCCGAGUGGUUUGGGAAGAUGUGGUGAUGCGAUGACAAUUUCGCUUUGAAAACUGGGGAGUCUCCUUCAUCAGCAUUUUGCCUCUCCAGCCAUCGUCAUGACCUCCCUGCAGGACGUAUCGUUCAUCCUGGAAUCAUUUUCUCAGUGGCUGCCUCUUCCUCAGAUUCCAUGGUACCAUUGGAUAGUAGAGAUCGGCCUGGCUGUAUGGAUCAUCAAAUUGCUCUUCUUUUCCAAAAGCUACAAUCCUGGGAAAAAGGCUGUCGACCGGCUUACAACUCAGGAGGAGGAUGAGCUGAUAGAUGAGUGGAAUCCAGAACCGCUGGUGCCGGAUGCAGAUGACAGCGAUGAUGAAGAGGUUGAAUUCCGCAGCGUGACCAGCAAGCCAGGCGGGCAUAUCGUGGUGGAUGGGCAUGAGUGCAUCAACUUGGCAUCUCUCAACUUUCUGGGAAUGCUGGAGCGACCACAAGUGACUGAGAAAGCCAUUUCUUCUCUAAGAAAGUAUGGCGUUGGCUCUUGUGGGCCGCGUGGAUUUUAUGGCACCAUUGACGUGCAUUUGGAUCUCGAGAAGCGCCUAUCGCAGUUCAUGGGCACGGAAGAAUCUAUUCUCUACUCGUAUGGCUUCACAACUAUGUCAACUGCCCUGCCUGCCUACGCUAAGAAGGGAGAUGUGAUAUUCUGUGAUGAAGGGUCGUACAUGCCCAUCCAGAAGGGCCUGAUUGCAUCGCGGAGCAAAGUAUACUUCUACAAGCACAACGACAUGGAGGAUUUGGAGCGGCAGCUGGAGGUGCAGGCUGAAAUUGAUGCCAAGAACCCGGCAAAGGCCAAGGUCACGCGCCGCUUCCUUGCCACUGAGGGUGUGUUCUUCAACUACGGCGACAUAUGUCCUCUUCCCAAGUUGGUUCAGCUGAAGAAAAAGUAUAAGUUUAGAAUAUUCCUCGACGAGAGCAUCUCGAUCGGCACACUGGGAACGACUGGCCGCGGUGUUACUGAAUACUGGGAUGUGCCGGUAUCUGAUGUGGACUGCAUCUGUGGCACUCUGGAAUAUGGAUUUGCGUCCGUCGGUGGUUUUGCUACCGGCACACAUUUCGUCGUCAAUCAUCAGCGCCUUUCAGCGCAAGGUUACUGCUUUUCAGCAUCUCUGCCACCCAUGCUUGCUGCCGCUGCAAUGGAGGGUCUGGAUAUCUUGGAUCAAAACCCAAAAUUAUUAGAAGACCUGUCGAGUAAGAUUGCUCAACUGCACGACGCUUUGAAGGGUUUGAACGGCAUGACUGUGUGUGGGAGCCGGCUCUGCCCGGUGGUACAUUUGAGGCUGAAAGAGUCGACUGGGUCGCGGAAAGACGACGUCAGACUACUCCAAACUUUCUCUGACCAGGCCAUGAAGAAAGGUGUUGCCAUUGUCCAGGCAAAGUACUUGGAUCAUGAAGAAGCAUUCUUACCACCACCCAGUAUCCGACUGAGCGUGAAUAUCGCCCUGUCGAUGGAAGAGCUGAAGCAGGCUGCCUCUGUUAUUCACUCCGUCGCCCGUGACAUCAUGAAAGGCAGAUAGCGUGCGUCUCUUCGUACUAGUACUAGUGCCCUGUAUUUAAAGUCAGUGUGUUUGCCGUCGAAUAAUCACUGCUCUAGUUUCUCAGACGUGUACAUAAUUUUCUAGGGGACGUUUUUUUCUUCUUUUUUUCUAGUACCAACUUGCUCCAAAGGUUUCUAUGUUCCGUAGCAUACCAGUAGCAGUACCUGUAGUUGAUUGUAUGGCGACUAAUAGCGAAGUCUGCUAUUACGCGUGUUUUAUCAGAUACGAGUCACCACAUGCCCUAGGAAUGGCGGCAAUCAUGUAGUUUGCCGUAUGCUAUGCGCUGCUUAAUCGCUGUUUUAGACGUGCUCUUUUUUUAAUUAAUAGCUUCUUGAUGCCUCUCAUAUAUUACCGUUAGGUGUGUCUAUUUUUAGUCGCUUACCAUAUUAGUGCAAUGAGACAGCACCGAUCCGUCUUUGAAAAAAUACGAAUAUUUUUAGUAGUUUUAUCGCGCUCACAUUCACUAGUGCUGUCCACUGUAGUACACUGUAGUCCAAGCUGUUCGAAACCAAUGUACAUGAUGGAACAUAGCAAUGUGUGAAGCAGUCAGCCCAACUGCCAUCGCUACUGUUCAGAAUUUUAUCUUCUUGGUUUGGCAGGAGAAACGUGUAUAUUUAUAGUGCUAAUCAAUGAAAUCCGA